AUGAGCGAUUUAGGUUUUGAUCCAUCUUCAAAAAAGAAGAAGAAAUCUAAGAAGGUUGAAGAUGUAUCUUCUACGACAUCUCCCUCUCCAAGCACUGAAGCAGAUGAUAUGUUUUCAGGUUUAAAGAAGAAGAAAAAAUCCAAAAAGAUAGAAAAUGAAACAUCAAAUAGCUCAUCGGCUGAUAUAACAGAUGAUAUAGAUGCCUCUCUUGGAGAGCUUUCUUUAAAAAAGAAAAAGAAGAAAUCUCCAAAAAAUUUGGACGCCACCGAUUUCGACCAAGAAUUAGAAAAAGCAGGAUUUGAAGAACUGAACGGUGUAGCUUCUCCAGUAGAUGAAUCUCCAGCUCAAGAAGCUGGUGGAUUAUCUUAUAAUGAGCUUUUGGACCGUUUCUUCACAAUUUUAAAGAAAAAUAACCCAGAAUUGGCAGGUGAUAGAUCGGGCCCCAAAUUCCGUAUUCCUCCUCCAGUCUGUCAAAGAGAAGGCUCAAAGAAGACAUUAUUCGCAAAUGUUCAAGAUAUUGCUACGGUUUUACAAAGAAAUCCUGAACAUUUGAUACAAUUUUUGUUUGCCGAAUUAGGUACUUCAGGUUCAAUCGAUGGUGAAAAGAGACUAGUUUUGAGAGGUAAGUUUCAGCCGAAGCAAAUGGAAUCUGUUUUAAGAAGAUAUAUUAUGGAAUAUGUGACUUGUAAAACUUGCAAAUCUAUGAACACUGAAUUGAAAAGGGAGUCCGCAAAUAGAUUACAUUUUUUGAGCUGUAAAGCUUGUGGUUCUACUAGAUCAGUAUCUUCUAUUAAGACUGGUUUCCAGGCGCAAAUAGGAAGAAGAAAGAGAGCAUGA